AUCUAAGUGUGCAGUGAUGUAUUAAGUGUGGAGAGUGGAGCAUCUAAGUGUGCAGUGAAGAAUCAAGUGUGGAGAGUGGAGCAUCUAAGUGUGCAGAGUGAAGUAUUAAGUGUGCAGAGUGAAGUAUUAAGUGUGCAGUGGAGUAUAUAAGUGUGCAGUGGAGUAUAUAAGUGUGAAGAAGAAGCAAGUAGGAGCCAUGAAGCGAUACAAAGCGGAACAGUUCAGAAGAGGCUGAGGAAGAAGAACGCGUGCUUGCUGCAGCUAACGAGGUGGCCGAGGCCUGCCAGCGGGGCCGUGAUCUGCCGGCGAGCAGGGCCACGUGUGUGCCCCGAGGAUUAACCGGACUACUCCCACUAGGCCCUCCCCCGCGAACACAAGGAUGACGGAAGACACGCCCCAGAGGAAGACGUCAGCCAGGAAUCCCAGUCAGCCUCUUGCUGGGGGUGCGGCAGCGGCAGCAACCGAUGGCAAGUCUGGAGAAGCAGGCCACAUAUGAGAGUGCCUUGCUAGCGGCGGGCAGCACAUUGGACCUGGUGGACGCUUUGGCUGCCGGGAGACUCCAGAACAGCUUUGCUAUUGUCAGACUGCCCGGCCACCACGCCAUGGAGAGUGAGUUCUGUGGCUACUGCUUCGUCAACAAUGUGGCGCUGGCUGCCCGACACGCCCUCAACACACACCGCCUCAGCCGCGCCCUCAUAGUGGACUGGGAUGUGCACCACGGACAGGCCACACAGCAGGGCCAAGAGUGCUGUACUUCUCCAUCCACUGCUACGAGCCCGGCAGCUACUGGCCCAACCUGCGGGAGAGCAACUACGACUACAUGGGGCAGGCAGGCAGGCAGGCAGGGCCACGGCCGGAGGUUCAACUUCAACGUGCCGCUCAACACAACUGGCAUGACCAACCACGACUUCCUGGCCACCCUUCACCAAGUGCUGCUGCCCGUGGCCUACAAGUUCAGUCCUGAGUUGGCAACAGUGUGACAUUUUUGUACAUCUGAGAGUGAUGAUGCAUAAUUUCUUGCAAUACGUCAAG